AAAUCGCCGUAUCACCUAGCAUGGCGACAAAGACGUGUGGAAAGCCGCGGAAACUUAUGCCCUCCAGGUCGGGUCGAGCUGUACCGCUUCUCGCUGCCAUUUUGCGGGGUAGAGUGUGGAGGUGGCUGCGGAAAGCACCGGAUACUUUUGAGACUCUACACUCAAUAAUGCGGAACAAGCACGAAGCCACCCAGUUUCAAGUCGGUGGCGCAUGUUCAUUCAUGCGCUGUGGACAUGAUGACAGAUCGCGAAGAGGUGAUGGCUUUGGUGGUUGUGGAAAAGCCACGCGCUUGCCUCUUUGGGACAAUUGUACAGCUUUUUCAGCGUCGCGGCCUUGCUUAUCACGGUCUCUUUGAGCCUUGCAUUUGGCGGCUCCGCAGCCUUCACAGCAUUAGGCUCGUCUCUUCCUUCUCCCUCAACUUCUGCUCACGCUUCUCCUGCACAACCUUCUCCUUGUAUAGCUUAUUAGCGUGCCUCAAUUCAGUCAAGCGCUGUGUCAUUGUCACGGGUAUUUCCCCUUACAUGUAUCGGCCAGCCCUCGGAUGUACUCCGGGGCUGGACCGGAGGCUCACGGGCCACCUGUAUAUAUUCCUCACAAACCUUGAGGCUCAGCCAUCAAGGAUUCGUCUAACCUCAUCCCAUUUGGCCCCAUUUGGCCCCAAUCCAUCCUGUGUCCGAUUGCCUGCCUACAGUGACCUCACAGUCAUGCUUGUUGACAAGCACCGUGUCAUGCUUGUUGACAAGUGCUCACAUGACCUUGCUCGUUGAUGAGCUUGUCAUGUGAGUCUGCUUGAACCCACUAGGCGCCAGCCGGGUGGCCUUGUUGUGCUGCGCCUUCCCCCAGGUCCCCAUGUUUGGUUGGUGGUUACUUAUUGCUUCUGCCAUCCUGUAACAAUGCAGAGCCCCGUUGCGCCAAAUGG